CAUGUCGGCAUAGGAGUUUCUAUCCAAACUUUACAGCCAAUAUUCACAGAGUUUAGACGGAAAGUCGUGAGCAGUCUGAGGAAUAUGGUGUGUGAGCACAGCGCAGAUUUAGUUCAGCCUUCUCAGAGCGGUUCACUUCGCGGGUUUAUAAUUUUCGUAGUAUUUGUUAGCUUUAACUCGGCGGUUUCUGCAUGUGAAGGAAUCAGCCCAGAGAGAUGUCUCAUCUGGGGAGCGGGACUGAACCCCGACACGGUUUUACCGGUCCGCUACUUCUUUAUUCAGGCGGUCAGUUCAAAGGGAGAAAACCUGACUUUGUCUCCAGGUAAAGACACGUUUAAAGUGAAGAUCAGCUCCCUGGACAAGAAGGAGCACAUCCGCAUCCACGUCCCUCCACCUCUGGACAGAGGAGAUGGGUCCUUCCUGGUGAGGUACCGGCUCUACGGCACAGCGCUCAGGGGUCUGAAGAUUGAAGUCCUCCACCAAGAUGCUUCUGUUGCCAAAUCACCCUACAUCAUGCAAGGUCCGGUCUAUCAUGAGUACUGUGACUGUCCUGAACCCGACGCCGCCGUCUGGCAGAGUAUCAUGCAGUGUCCUGCUGUAGAGCCUCAGAUCCUCGCGGACUUUAAAGCCUUUCCUGCAGUCGACCUGCAGCACCUCAGACAGGAAGUGCCUCACAGAUUCUCUAACAGGGGAGGCCUCAUUCAUUACGCCAUCAUCAACAACCAGCUGUAUCGCCGCACUCUGGGCAAAUAUACCGACUUCAAGAUGUUCUCUGAUGAAAUGCUGCUGUCUCUAACAAGGAAGGUGAGGUUGCCUGAUGUGGAGUUCUUCAUCAAUGUUGGUGACUGGCCCUUAGAGACGAGGAGGACGGACGCUGUUCCAAUCUUGUCGUGGUGUGGCUCCACAGACACCCGGGACAUUGUCCUUCCCACUUACGAGGUCACACACUCCACCCUGGAGACCAUGAGAGGCGUCACCAAUGACCUGCUGUCUGUCCAGGGAAACACAGGGCCUCCGUGGGCUAAUAAAACAGAGCGGGCGUUUUUCCGUGGCCGGGACAGUCGAGAGGAGCGUCUUCAGCUGGUCUCUCUGUCCAAGAAAAACCCUGAUCUGCUGGACGCAGGUAUCACAGGGUGGUUCUUCUUCAGAGACAGAGAGAAACACGUAGGCAAAGCACCACUUGUUGGAUUCUUUGACUUCUUUAAGUACAAGUACCAGGUGAACGUGGAUGGGACAGUGGCGGCGUAUCGUUUUCCUUACCUGAUGCUCGGGAACAGCCUGGUCCUGAAGCAGGACUCGCAGUAUUAUGAACAUUUCUACAGCCUCUUGAAGGCAGGGACUCACUACGUUCCUGUGAAGAGAAACCUGUCAGACCUUCUGGAGAAAAUCAAAUGGGCCAAAGAGAACGACGCUGAAGCACGAGAGAUGGCCAGAGAGGGUCAGGCAGCGGCCAGGGAGCUGCUGCAGCCCAGCAGACUGUACUGUUACUACUACAGAGUGCUGCACACGUACUCGGAGCGACAGGCGGGACAGGCCACGCGACACGCAGACAUGGAGCUGGUUCCUCAGCCGGACGACCACACCGCUGUGUGCACAUGUCAGCGUAAAAACCACGAAGAAGAAACCAACAUGAAAGAUGAACUAUGAUGGAAUAUGUUUUUAGUUUUUAACUUUGUUAUCUCUCUUCUGAAUCAUUCCCAACAAAUAAAGAGCGAAAAUAAUUUAAUGUUCCUGAUACUGAAGAAAAUGUGAAUGUAAUAGUGUACAGUUAAACAUUACAGUUAAAAUUGGUGCUGUUCCUUUGGACAGUAAAGGAAAUUUUAGGACAGAUUCACUGUAAAAAGCUUGUCCUCAGACAUUUCAAGAUGAAGCUACAGGACAAACUUAUAAUGCCCUCCUCCUUAUUUUUUAAUACUGUAUGUUAGGUAUUGCUGUUUUGUGCCUUUGGAAAGAUCUGGUUAGCAAUGUGAGAAAGUGAGAUUAUAAUUAGUGUUUUGUAAACGUGCCUUUGAAUAUUUGUUUACAGUAUUAUCCUAAAAUAAAUAUGUCUUUAAGUAAAUCUGAUAUGUUGCUGUACAUCAUGUUGAGAUGUUUUUGUCACAGACCAACUGGCAGACCUCUUUUAUGCCUUCUAUUGAACCACGCUGCUAGCAUGGCUAAACGUGUUUUUUUUUAAAAGUAAAGCCACAUUAGACACAACAACACUGCACAGAUUUGUGUGUAAAUGUUGACAGCAAAAAAUUUU